CUACUUCGUACUAAAUAAGCGGUAUUCUGAACGCGGUCAAGCAGGUCAAACUUCGUCGUGCGCGAUGGGAAGCCAUUUUCCUUGAAGUAGUGUGCCACCAGUGUUUGAAAUAAUCCAAUCAACAGGACGAGCUGCACUUUCUUUGUUCACUUAGAAAAAAAAACAUUUCUAUCCUCUCACACACCUUCCUGGUCCUGACAAAAAGCAUGCCGCACAUCACGAAGAUGAAGAGCUGCGCCGUAUUUGCGCUCGCCACGGUUUCUUCGGAGACGCAGCUGCUUCUGCUGCAAGCUUCCCGAAUUGCAGCGCACGAGAAGCAGCACCUGUACCGUGGCGGUGCCGUUCGGGUCGCGAAGCUGCGUAUUGAUCUCUCUUCAGGAGAACCUGCGUCGCGUGCCGGGAACAAUCGCCCCGGUGGGGGACAGCAUCUUCAACAGGAGCUGCUGCAGCAAGAUCGUGCGGUCGUCGUAAAGAAUGAGCAGUCCUCGGUUGAAGAUGUGCCGGAAGAUCAAAAUGAUCGUGCUGGUGGAAGCACUGUAUUACAAGUGCAGCUGGACAUGGACAAGGAGAAGAACAAGGUCGGGAAAAAGCGCGACGACGACGAGGAGGACGACGACGACGAGGACGAGGAGGACGACGAGGAGGACGGCGGGGGGGAGUACGAAGAGGAUGGCGAGGGGGAGUACGAAGAGGAUGGCGAGGGGUCGUCGCCACUGCGGCAGCCAAGCACAGCUACAACAACAACACCGAUCGCUCCAGCCGCACCAAUUGGCCCACCGGCACCGGCUGGACCGGCUGUGGCCCGCGCCCCAGUGGCACCUGUUCCGUUCCCUGCACCGGCACUACAACCGGCCCCGGCAGCUGCACCACAAAGCACCUUGCCUUGGGCCCAAUGCCACGACCCAGUGAACAAGUGUCAUGAAAGCAGCAGAGUCAACACUGCGCCAUGCAUGCUCAGGGGACCACUCUGGAAUGGGUGUAAGUGCACCACCUUCGUGCCUUCUCCGGAAGCGGUGGGGCCGGCGGAGGAGGCCUGGAACCAGUGCCACACUAGUGUCGACCUGCACGAGCACGAUUGGGACACGGUGCAACCCGUUGGGAUUACGGCCGCUGCCCCUCCGGGUGCACCGACGAACUACCAACCGGCUCCGCUGGCUGCACCAGCAGCUCCUUCGCCCGUGGCUGCGCCGGUUCCGCAGGCGGCCGCACCGGCAGUGGCGCCGAUUGCUGCACCGGCACCGGUACCACAAGGCAGCGGGGCGUGGGACUGGCAGACCUGCCACGAGAAAGUGAACAAUUGCCAUGAUCCGAACAACGUCAACACGCCGGAAUGCGCGAUUGGGGGAGCGCUUUGGAACGGGUGCCAGUGUAACGCUUUCGUGACCGACCUAACCGCGCGUCCGGAGGAAACUUGGAACAAGUGCCACAAUGCGGUCGAUUCAAACCAGAAUACGUGGAAUCCGAAUCAGAUGAUCAUGUAAAUCUAAAUGAUCAGAUCACGAGCGAUCAUCAUCACGAAACAAUAGACGCACGAUGAAGAUAAGAAGAAAGAGGAGAGCGUCAGUGUCGGCUUCGACGUACCCGCCGUACAACUACGGCCUCCGACUUCUUGCGGGGGACAUUCCCAUUCAGCAAAGGGUUGCGUCAGUGAAAUUCAAAAAUUUAAACAUCUCACAUGAUCACCCUCUUCUUCAGUUUUUUCGUCCUUGAAGCAGCUGCAGCUAUAUAGUAAUUAUUUUUUUCUACCGCUAAUUUUGCCCUCUUUCACUUUCGUCCAACAUACAACAAUUUUUGUACUUAUUUCGUUUUGAAAAAAAAUUAUCUGAUUAUUGCAUAAAUAUUUACAAGGAUUUUUAGUCCAGGAAGACCGAUGAGGCAGAGGUUUACUCUAUUACACAUGUUCAUGUAAACGGUUCGCAAAGUCACAGCUCUCACUUUUUUGUUCGGGAAUUUGAUACUAUAGUUUCUUUUGGGAAAACAGCGAAGGGAUAUAAUAAACAUAAAC